AUGGCAACUUUUCUCAACUUAGUUUCCUUCUUCCUUCUCAUUUGUCAUUCAAGCCUUUCUCUUAUCAAAGCCAGAAAUGGAGGUGGUUUCAGUAUUGAUCUCAUCCAUCGUGAUUCAUUACUCUCUCCAUAUUACAAUCCUUCAGACAUUCCUUUGAAGAGAUGGCAAAAUGCUUUUCGUCGCUCGAUAGCCCGAAUUGAUAACUUCAAACAACCCUUGAAUUCCAAAACAGAUGUCUCAUCAACUGUUGUCUCAAACAAUGGUGAGUAUCUCAUGAAAAUCUCAAUUGGAACUCCACCAGUAGAGAUAAUGGCAAUAGCUGAUACUGGUAGUGAUCUUAUAUGGACACAAUGCAAGCCUUGUCGAGGUUGUUACAAGCAAGUAGCCCCUUUCUUUGAUCCAAAAAAAUCCUCUACUUUUAGAGACCUUUCUUGUGAUUCAGGGUUUUGUGAAGGGCUAGGUAACCAAGGUUCUUGUGUUAGAGAUUCUUGUCAAUACUCAUAUCAAUAUGGUGACCAAUCCUUCACUAUUGGCAAUCUUGCCACAGAUACUUUCACUUUGGGUUUGGGUUCCAAUUCUGGUCGUUUUGUCUCCUUACCAAAGAAGGUAUUUGGUUGUGGACACAACAAUAAUGGCACCUUUGAUCAAAAUGGUUCUGGUUUGAUAGGCCUUGGAGGUGGUUCUCUGUCAUUGAUUUCCCAAUUGGGUUCAUCAAUUGAUGGUAAGUUCUCUUACUGCUUGGUUCCAUUAACAGCUGAGAAUGAGACUAGUAGAUUGAGUUUUGGUGCUCAAGCAGAGGUUUCAGGGGAAAAUGUGGUUUCAACCCCUCUAGUAUCAAAAUCUCCUGCUACAUUCUAUUUCCUUACCCUUGAAGGUGUUAGUGUUGGAGACAAGAAGUUGAGGUAUAAGUCGAAAGCGGCUGAAAAGAAUGAAGAGGAUGGUAACAUAAUCAUUGAUUCGGGUACAACAUUGACAUUGUUACCAUCAGAAUUCUAUGAUGAGAUUGAAAUUGCAGUGAAGGAUGCUAUUAAUCUUACACCUGUUAAUGACCCAGAGUUGCUCGAGUUAUGCUACGAGACUGAUAAGGACAUUGAUGUUCCGAUCACUGCACAUUUUGCUGGUGGCGAUGUGAAGCUGAAUCCAUUGAACACAUUUGUUAGGGUUUCUGAGAAUAUAGUAUGUUUUGCCUUCAUCCCUACUAAUGAUCUGGCUAUCUUUGGUAACAUAGCUCAGAUGAACUUCUUGGUUGGUUAUGAUAUUGAAGGUGGGAAAGUUUCCUUCAAGCCAACUGAUUGUACCAAGCAAUAG